AUGCCUCAGAAAGAGAAAACUCCCGGGAUGAGUUCUUCCACCUCAUCCUCCAAAGUUACAGAGGUAGAAAACGCAUUAGAAGAUCUAGAUGAUGAUGAUAUGGAGUGCAAAGAACUAGAAGGUUUGAAAGAAGCCUUGGAGAACCUCCGUGGUCUGUCCAGUGAGGAAAAAAAUGAAAAGGCUAUGUUACGCUCAAGACUCCAAGAGCAGUCUCAGCUCAUCUGCAUCCUGAAGCGCAGGGCUGAUGAGACCCUAGAGCGCUGUCGAGUCCUGGAGCAGCUCAACACGGAGCUGGAGGAGAAAAGGAUGAAUGAUGCCGAGAGGCUGGAAGCCCAGACCCAGCGUACACUGAAGCUGGAGGCUCGAUUCAUGGACCUGGCCGCCAACCACGAAGAGAUGAUCCGCUUCAAGGAUGAGCACAAGAGACAGAAUAUAAAACUGAGAGAAGAGAAUGAAAUCUUGAGAAAGGAGAACAGAGAACAUUUCAGCCAAGCCCUGAAAGACCAGGAGACCAAAGUGUGUCAACUCACAGCCCACGGGGAGAAGUUGUCCAAAGAGCUGGAGGCCCUGAAAGGGAAAUGUGCUGAAGACACCGGUAGAGCCAAAGCCCGGGAGAAGGAGCUCGUGGACCUACAGCAGCAGCAAGCCCACUCCCACGCUAAGGAAACCAGCUCCCUGCGAAACAAGCUCCACACACUGGAGGAGCUGCACAGCAAGACCCUGGCCAGAAUGGCCAAGGCCGAGGAGAAGCAGAAGGGCUUGAGUUCCGAGCUGAGCAGCCGUCUGGAAAAAGUCACCAAGGAGAAAGAGGAGCUGCUGCAGCUCUCCAUGGAGAGGGGCAAAGUGCUUCAGAACAAACAGCUGGAGAUUCAGCAGCUGGAGGAGAAGCUGGAGAUGGCGGAGACCGCCCGCAAGAAUGCCCUGGAUCGCUUCGAGCAAGAAGCCGCCACAGUGAACAGCAGCCUGAGAGUUCAGGAGCUGAGCCGAAAGGUGGAGGGGAUCCAGAAAGCCUAUGACGAACUCUGGCUGCAGUCGGAAGCCUUCAAAAAGCACAGUCUGGAUCUUUUAACCAAGGAGAGGGCACUCAACGCCAAACUCCGACACCUCUUCCCAUAAGGCAGGCCUUGCUUCCUCAGGCCCCACCCCUCAACCGAAAUCCGUGUUUACCUCCUUUACCGGAACAGUAACCAACCUUCCAUUUCUUAUAUUUCUAUUACACACACACAGACUUGAGACCCGCUUUAGAGUCACUAUUCUUGUUCCAUCGUUCAAUUUUUGGUUCCACCACCUAGAAUACACAGUUUUGUCAGAUGUCAUUUGUCUGCCUCUGAAAUUCCAUCCCCUUCAGAGCUCCCUCCCUCCUUCCUCCUGACUUGGGUCAGGGGCUUUCCAGGCUCCUGGGAAUUGCAUUUUCAGCCUCUGAGGUGUCCUCCGCGGGGUGGGGUUUUCAUUUGGUUAAAGUCUAUGGGGAUGUAAAAUUAUCCUUCAUGUGCAAUUAGAUUUUGUUUAAAAAAUGAAGAUUCACACCUUUAAUAUGUACCUAGGGAGGUCUUGAUGGCUGCAUUUCUAGUUUGUCUUCUUUAGAUCAUAUUAUAAGUGCAUCUGUUGUGAUGCUGUGUUGCUAAUGUCUGUGGGAGAGGGCAAAUACUAUUAAGUUUUUCCCAGAGUAGGCAGACCUCUCACCACGGUUAAUCUGUACAUGAAACGUAGUUCCCAUAAGUAAAAUGGGUUUAUUUCUUAGUUGAUAGCUCAGUUCUUAGUUGUAUUUUUUUCCCUAUA